CCUUUUCCCAUAUCUGUCCUUGCUUGAAACCGGUACCACGCCGAGUUUCAAGAAGCACAAGCCCAAAACCAAGCAGAAAUCUUCUGGUUAUUUCCAACUUGACAGGUUCAGACAGAGGGGGUAGUAGCUCUGACUGAUCCCGGUCCAUGUUAGUUCGGGUUUGUGCUCGGAGAAAAGGAUAGUUUAGUUUGAUUAGCUGAAGUGUGGUUGAAGGAAGCGCAGAGUUCGUAUCUCUACAUCUAGUCAUUGUUUUCUUAACUGUGUAGACAUUUUUCUUUUCUCUACUAUCUCAUAUGGCCUCGAACCCUCCAGGACAAGCUUUUCCAAACAACACUCGGGUAGCAAUCCUGGCAGAGCUGGAGAGAGAAAGGAGGCGGCUGAUCCAGAGUCAGUCCAUGAACACACCUGGAGCCAGUAUCUCUCUGUCCAGACCCAGUGUGAAGGAGUUUAGGGACAAUGCGGAGCAGCAGCACAUCGCAGCUCAGCAGAAAGCUGCUUUACAGCAUGCUCACGCACAUUCAUCAGGGUUCUUCGUCACUCAAGACUCCUCCUUCGGGAACCUAAUCCUCCCUGUUCUUCCGCGCCUGGAGCCUGAUUCAUGACCUUUGACCUCCCGGAUCUGUCCUGCAGAACUCUAUGAUGCACAUUAUUUUUUUUAAUGCACAUAAUUUGUUUUAAGUUUCAUAAAUAGAUACAUAAAUAGAUCUUUAUUGACAUUGCCACAAGUACAAGGAAAUUUAAAAAGUGAUGGUUGGUGCAACACUCAAAAACGCAUUAUAAGGGCUUUAUUCUGUAUUUAAAAACGGGAAAUUAAAAUUGAUGCGUUGCCAAAUAAAAGUGCAUUUUUCAUUGAAAAACUGGAUACACAGCUUAUGGGUGUUACAAUUGUGAAAACCAGAAUAAAAUAAAUUUUAAAGUUUGCUCACCCCUGA